AUGCGUCUACCAGCAGUAGCUGGAGCCCUCGGCCUCGCUGCCAGCUUGGCCGCCGCCAUCCCCACAAUCUCCACCAAAGGUUCCAAGUUCUUCACUUCGGAGGGUGACCAGUGGUUCAUCAAAGGCACAAUUAACAGUGUCCCAGGCAUUGCAUACCAACUUGUACCCGACGAUCCUCUCAUUGACAACGAUCAAUGCCAGCGAGAUGCUUCCCUCAUGCAGGAACUCGGCGCCAAUGCCAUCCGCGUCUACCACGUCGACCCAAACGUUAACCACGAUAGCUGCAUGUCCACAUUCGAGGAGGCCGGCAUCUAUCUGUUCCUGGAUCUCGAUACGUUCGAUACACAGAUCGAGCAGAACAAUCCUCACUGGAAUGAAUCACAGGUAGAGCGCUUCUCAGCCGUAAUGGACGCCUUCCACACCUACGAUAACCUUGCUGGCUUUUUCGUCGGUAAUGAAGUUAUCACGAUGAGCAAUGGUUCCGCCUCUGCUGUCUUCAUCAAGGCCGCCAUCCGCGACAUGAAAGCCUACCGCGACUCCCGCAGCUACCGCCAAAUCCCCAUCGGUUACUCCGCCGCCGACAUUUCCAGCAUCCGACCCAUGCUCCAAAACUACCUCGCCUGCGGCUCCAACGCCUCCGAAGCCCUCGACUUCUUCGCCCUGAACGCCUACGAAUGGUGCGGCAACACCACCUACCGCGAGUCCGGCUACUCGCACCUGACGCAGAUGCUCAUCGACAUUGACUACCCCUUACCAAUCUUCUUCAGCGAGACCGGUUGCAACACCAUCCGGCCACGCACCUUCGCCGACCAAGCCGCGAUCCUGGGGCCGGAGAUGACGCCCUACUGGUCCGGCGCGCUCGUCUACGAGUGGAUCCAGGAGAUGAACAAUUACGGCCUCAUCAGCUACGGGCCGCAAGUCGAAGCCACCGCUUCUGGAGCGCCGCCGGAUGGGUUCACGCGCUCGGGGACGCCGACGCCGGUACUGCCGGACUUUACGAAUUUGCAGAGUCAAUGGGCUACGCUGUCGCCGGAGGGUGUGAGGGUGGAUCAGUAUAGCCCUACCUUGACGCCGCCGCCGUGUCCGGAGGCUACGCCCGGCCAGUGGGAGGUUGAUGGGGAUGUGGCAUUGCCGACGAUCGGGCAGGUGCUGGAUGCGGCAGGGAGGUCGAGCAUUGGUGGCGUGACGGGUGCGGCGACGGGGUCGCAGGCUGGAGCGAGUCCAACUGGAGCAGCUGUACGUAGGGAAGUUAAGGGUGGCAUGGCCGGGCUUGUGGGUGUAGCUGCUGGAGUGGUUGCACUGCUGUGA